AUGAGCAAACGAAGUGGAAGAGACGAAUCCAUUGUUCCUUCAUCAUUUAAACACGCAAGAGCAUGUACUGAAUGUGGUCUUGUUAAAUCAGCUCAACAAUUUGAAGAUAAUGGUUGUGAAAAUUGUUCAUCAUCAUCUUCAUCAACAACUCAAAACUUUGAAGGUAUUAUUGCCAUUAUGAACCCAAAAGAAAGUUGGAUUGCUAGAAGAUUACAAUUUGAAAGAAGAGUACCAGGUCUCUAUGCAUUAAGUAUGGAUUCAGAUACAAGAAGAUAA